AUGGGAAAUAAGAAAAAUGUCACCGAAUUCAAUCUCUUGGGACUUUCGCAAGACCAGAACGUUCAGAUAUUUUGCUUUGUGCUGUUUUCGUUCUGCUACAUUAUCCUCUUAAUGGGAAAUCUUCUCAUUCUCAUCACCGUUGGAUGCAGCCAUCUUAUCAACCAACCUAUGUAUUAUUUACUGGCUCACUUGUCUUCCGUAGACAUGUGCUAUACUUCUACCGUUACACCCAAACUGAUCGGGGACUUACUCACUAAAAAAAAAGUCAUUACUUUCGACAACUGCAUGUUGCAACUCUUCAGCAUGCACUUCUUUACGUGCAUCGAGGUCUUCAUUCUUACGGCAAUGGCCUUUGACCGGUAUGUGGCCAUCUGCAGACCCCUACACUAUGUGGUCAUCAUGAGUAGGAAGAAAUGCAAACUCCUGAUCUUGGUUUCCUGGGUGGGUGGGGCCAUCCAUGCGUUUCCCCAGUUGUUCAUGGUUUUCCAGUUGCCCUUCUGUGGUCCCAAUGAGGUUGACCACUACUUCUGUGAUAUCUUUCCCUUGCUGAAAAUCGCUUGCGUGGAUACCUACCUUGUGGGCGUCCUGGUUGUGGCAAAUUCGGGGAUGGUGGCCUUGGUCACUUUCGUCGUCUUGUUGGUUUCCUAUGCCGUCAUAUUGUUUUCCCUAAGAACCCAUUCAGCGGAAGGGCGCCGCAAAGCCCUCUCCACCUGUGGAUCUCACAUCGCGGUGGUCUUCUUAUUCUUCACACCCUCCAUCUUCACCUACCUGCGGCCCCCCUCCAGCUACUCUGAGGAUAAGGUCUUUUCUCUCUUUUACACCAUCAUCGCGCCCAUGUUCAACCCCUUAAUUUACACGUUGAGAAACACAGAGAUGAAAAAUGCCAUGAGAAAAGUCUGGUGUAGAAAGGUGUCUUCAGAAGGGAAACUUAAUUAG